UGAAGGUUCAUUUGAUGGAGCUGCUUCCCCCCGGGAAAAGGCUACUAUCUAAUGUCACAAUGAAGAUUAUCCUAGUAACCAUAGCCCUAUUUCUCCUAGCUAUGAUCCCUCUCAACCUUUUCAGUCAUUUUUCUUCACCAUGGCCGUCCCCUGUGAGUACAAAACCAGGGAAGAAAUGUGACAUAUUCCGUGGAAAAUGGGUUCAGUACCCCAAAGGACCUUAUUACACUAAUGUAACUUGUCGUCACAUCUUCGAACACCAGAACUGCAUGAAGUUUGGCAGACCCGACACCGAGUUCUUAAAAUGGAGGUGGAAACCCGAUGAAUGUGAGCUGCCUCUCUUUGAUGCUGCGCAGUUCUUGGAGCUUGUUAGAGGGAAGUCAAUGGCAUUCAUCGGGGACUCGCUGGCAAGAAACCAAAUGGAAUCUUUGUUGUGCCUCUUAGCCAGUGAGGGAGAUCCUAUAGCUGUUUUUAACAUAAAAUAUCCACUAAGCAAAAGCUGUCUCUACACCGACUACAACUUCACUGUAGCAUCGUUCUGGUCCCCAUACUUGGUCAAGGACAUCGAUGCGAAACCCACUGCAGGGACCGCCAAUAGCCUCAUGAAUGUCUUCGUAGAUGAGGCACAUGAGGCCUGGAUGAGUCAAAUUGAGAAAUUUGACUAUGUGAUCGUCUCAGCUGGAAUUUGGUUCUUAAAGCCACAAGUGUACUAUGAAAAUGGUAACAUUGUUGGGUGCCAUUUAUGCCACAAAAAACAUGUUACAAACCUUACACCGCUCCAUGGGUACAGAAAAGCUUUUCAGACGACUUUCAGAACCCUUUUGAGGUUAAAAAACUUCAAGGGAGUGACAUUUUUGAGGACGGUGUCACCAUCACACUUUGAGAAUGGGGAGUGGUAUACAGGAGGGCAUUGUGUGAGGACUAAGCCAGCUUCCAGCAAAGAAAUGAGGUUGGAUGGGCUGUAUCCGGAGAUGUACUCAACUCAAGUGGAGGAGCUGAAGGCAGCAGAAAAGUUAGGGAGGAAGAGGGGCUUAAAAUUUAGAUUGUUGGAUACUACUGAGGCAAUGGUGGUGAGGCCAGACGGGCAUCCAAGCUAUUAUGCGAAAAGGGUAGAUGAGAAUGUCACGAGAUCUGACUGUGUCCACUGGUGCCUGCCUGGCCCCAUUGAUACUUGGAAUGAGUUUUUGCUUCAGAUGUUGCAAAUGGAAGGUGAUAGUUCACUAGGACAGUAGACUCGAGUAAAAUUUGGAUGAGAAUUAGGUCGGAUUAUGAAUAAUUCAAUUUAUCAUGCUUUACAAUUAACAUUAAUUGUAAUUUGUGCAAGGAUAGUGUACUUUCUGCAUAUAAUUAAAAAUUUACAAUUAGUGUUUCUUA